AUGUCCUCCCCUAUCAAAGUAGCCGCUAUCCAGGCCGAGCCAUGCUGGAACGACUUGAAAGGCAGCGUUGCCAAAACGACACGGCUGAUACAAGAGGCUGCGGGUAAUGGUGCCAAGGUCGUUGGCUUUCCUGAGAUUUUUAUCCCAGGAUACCCAUGGACAAUUUGGGCCAACUCGCCUGUUAGCAAUGCUGGCUUUAUGAACGAGUAUUUCCAUAAUUCCCUUGAAAAGGACUCUGAUGAAAUGGAAGAGAUCAAAACCGCCGUUCGUGAAGCCGGCGUCUUUGUUGUGCUCGGCUAUAGUGAACGAUAUAAGGGAACCCUCUACAUUUCUCAGGCAAGCCAAACAGUCCGAUCCUUCAUUGAUGAAACCGGCACUAUUGUUGGCCAUCGGCGGAAAAUCAAGCCAACUCAUGUCGAGAGAGCAUACUGGGGCGACGGUCAAGCAGAGUCCAUCAAAGCUGUCGUGCCUUCAUCCUUUGGUAACAUUGGCGGUUUGAACUGUUGGGAGCACACUCAGCCUCUACUGCGAUACUAUCAGUACUCUCAAAACCUAGAUAUCCAGGUGUCUAGCUGGCCCCUAUGCUGGGAUCCUCUAGAGGGUCAACCGUGGCCGUAUCACUUGACCCCUCCGGCCUGCAACAGGUUUUCCCAGGUGAUGGCGAUGGAAGGAGCCUGCUUCGUCCUGGUCUGCUCUCAGGUCCUAACCGAAGCUAGUAAAGCUAGCACAAGGCUAGAGAACUUCGACUACGCUAGAUGCCCUGGUGGUGGUUUCAGCAUGAUCUAUGGGCCCGACGGCUCUGAAUUGUGCAAAGCUCUGCAGCCAGGAGAAGAGGGUAUUCUGUACGCCGAUGUUGAUCUGAAGAUGCGAGCCAUGAUGCAGAAGAAUCUCGACUUGGUGGGGCAUUAUUCGCGGCCGGACUUGCUGAGUCUUCGGGUGCAGACCGAGGCUGCUGUUCCGGUUGAACUGAAAGAGCGAUCACAGUGA